AACGUACUCUAUACAAUUAUUACCGCAGAAGACAAACAACUCUUCAAUCAAUUGAUCCAAACAUUGAGUCAAUUCACGGACAAAACAUCACUCGAAGAGGCGAUCCCAAGAAGUGAUGAAAUUGUUGUCAAACCUGUUGUCGAGAAUACAAUUGAAAUACAGAGUCCAUCAGUUGUGCGAAGAAGUGAUGAAACGAUUACCACUUUUUCAGAGGAAAAGACAAUUAAAACAAAUAAAACAAUAAUUGGGACAAACGUUAGAAGAAGUGGAAGAACUGAUCGCAAAGUCUACACAAGUUUACUAAAAAGAUCCAGAGAUCCAAAUCAUGUCCCAAAACCCAAAUUUGAGCGCAAAGUGUAUGCAAUACCUGAUCCCGAAUCGGAUCCCAAUUCACUGCUAUUAUUACGAAGAGAUAAUUACUCUCCGAAGACACAGCAGUUUAUGUGUCCUAACCCUCACUGCCGUAAAGGGUUUGUUAGUUCGCACAGACUUUACAAUCACUUCCAUUCCGUUCAUUACAAGGAGAAGAAAAUCGUUUGUCAAGAAUUUAAUUGUGGCAAAAGUUUUAAGACUAAUAAUGAACUGCAAAACCAUUUAAGAAAUCUUCACAACGAUUACCGACCCUUUGAGUGCUCGCAAAAGGGCUGCGAUUUUAAGUGUAAAACUGAAGCACAACUCAAUUUCCAUUCAGGCAUUCAUUCAGACAUUUAUGCCUUCAAAUGCAAUGAAUGCGAGAAAGCAUUUAAAACUCAAUAUUAUCUUAACACUCAUUUGCGGAUCCAUUCAACUGAAGACACAUUUCGGUGUCGUUACGAGGGAUGCAAUCAAUGGUUUAAAUCUGAUCUAAGACUUCGCAAACACAAGAUCUCUGUACACAACGCGCGGCAGAAGUGGUAUCCGUGCGAAUGGCCCGCAUGUGACUAUCGGACUAAGAGCUCAUUUAGUCUUAAAAAUCACCGCCGCAUACAUACGGGUGAGCGACCAUUCGAGUGCCGGUGGCCGGCAUGUGGUAAACGGUUUAGUACGUUUGGAAUGCGCAAAGAUCACGAGCGGAUCCAUUCCAAUACGAAGAACUAUGUGUGCCAUUGGCCCGGAUGUGGCUAUCGGUGCGUUCAGAGCACUAAUCUAACCAAACAUAUGAAAGUACAUCAAAAUCAAUUCACGGACAAGACAUCACUCGAAGAGCAGAUCCCAAGAAGUGAUGAAAUUGUUGUCAAACCUGUUGUCGAGAAUACAAUUGAAAUAAAGAGUCCAUCAGUUGUGCGAAGAAGUGAUGAAACGAUUACCACUUCCUCUGAAGAAAAGACAAUUAAAAUCAAUAAAAAAAUAAUUGAGACAAACGUUAGAAGAAGUGGAAGAACUGAUUGCAAAGUAUACACAUGUGUACUGAAGACACCGAGAGAUCCAAAUCAUGUCCCGAAACCCAAAUUUGAGCGCAAAGUGUAUGCAAUACCUGAUCCCGAAUCGGAUCCCAAUUCACUCCUAUUAUUACGAAGAGAUAAUUACUCUCCGAAGACACAGCAGUUUAUGUGUCCUAACCCUCACUGCCGUAAAGGAUACAGAAAUGCUAUGCGAUUAUAUAAACACUUCCAUAACGUCCAUCACAUGAAGAAGACAUUUAUUUGUCACGAAUUAAAUUGUGGUAAAAGUUUUAAGACAAAGAACGAGCUUAAAAGCCAUGAAAACAAUGUUCACAGCGAUUACCGACCCUUUGAGUGCCCGGAAAAGGGCUGCGAAUAUAAGUUUAAAACUGAAGCACAACUCAAUUCCCAUUCAGUCAUUCAUUCAGACAUCCAUUCAUUCAAAUGCAAUGAAUGCGAGAAAACAUUCAAAACUCUAUCGAGACUUAACUCUCAUCAGAAACUUCACGGAAAUGAAGACAACUUUAAAUGUCGUUACGAGGGAUGCAAUCAGUUCUUCAGGAAUAGAUUCCGACUCCGGAGGCAUAAGAUAGUGGUCCACAACGCGCACCAAGAGGUAUACGCCUGUGAAUGGCCCGCAUGUGACUAUCGGUCCACUUGUAAGCAAUUGGUUGACAUUCACAGACGUGUCCAUACGGGUGAGCGACCAUUUGAGUGCCGGUGGCCGGCGUGUGGUAAACGGUUUCGUACAAUAUCGGGUCGCAGAGAUCACGAGCGGAUCCACUCAAAUACCAAGAUUUAUGUGUGUCAUUGGCCCGGAUGUGGCUAUCGGUGCGUUCAGAGCUCUAAUCUUACUAAACAUAUUAAAUGUCAUCAAAAG